AGUGAUGGAGGCAAUGGUACUAGUGAUGGGGUUAACGAUAGCAGUGAUGUUAACGGUAGAAGUGAUGGUGCUAACGAUAACAGUGAUGGAGGUGACGGUAAUAGUGCUGGUGUUAACGAGAGUAGUGAUGGUGUUAACGAUAAUAGUGACGUAGGUGAUGGUACUAGUGAUUGUGUUAACGAUAGUAGUGAUGGUGUUAACGAUAGUAGUGAUGAUGUUAACGAUAGUAGUGAUGGUGUUAACGAUAGUAGUGAUGGUGUUAACGAUAGUAGUGAUGGUGUUAACGAUAGUAGUGGUGUUAACGAUAGUAAUGGUGGUAACGAUAAUAGUGAUGGAGGUAACGGUACUAGUGAUGGUGUUAACGAUAGUAAUGAUUGUGGUAACGAUAAUAGUGAUGGUGGUAAAUAUAGUAGUGAUGGUGGUAACGAUAGUAGUGAUGGUGUUAACGAUAAUAGUGAUGGUGGUAACGAUAAUAGUGAUGGUGGUAACGAUAAUAGUGAUGGUGGUACCGAUAGUAGUGAUGGUGUUAACGAUAAUAGAGAUGGAGGCAACGGUACAAGUGAUGGUGUUAACGGCAGUAGUGAUGGUGGUAACGAUAAUAGUGAUGGUGGUAACGAUAGUAGUGAUGGUGUUAACGAUAAUAGUGAUGAUGUUAACGAUAAUAGUGAUGGUAACGAUAGUAGUGAUCGUGGAAACGAUAGUAGUAAUGGUGGUAACGAUAACAGUGAUGGUGGUAACGAUAAUAAUGAUGGUGUUAACGAUAAUAGUGACGGAGGUAACGGUACUAGUGAUGGUGUUAACGAUAGUAGUGAUGGUGUUAAUGAUAAUAGUGAUGGAGGUAACUGUACUAGUGAUGGCGUUAACGAUAGCAGUGAUGGUAUUAACGAUAAUAAUGAUUGUGUUAACGAUAAUAGUGAUGGAAGCAACGGUACUAGUGAUGGUGUUAACGAUAGUAGUCAUGGUGUUAACGAUAGUAGUGAUGGAGGCAAUGGUACUAGUGAUGGUGUUAACGAUAGCAGUGAUGUUAACGGUAGUAGUUAUAGUGCUAACGAUAGUAGUGAUGGUGUUAACGAUAAUAGUGACGUAGGUGAUGGUACUAGUGAUUGUGUUAACGACAGUAGUGAUGGUGUUAACGAUAGUAGUGAUGGUGUUAACGAUAAUAGUGAUGAAGGUAACGGUACUAGUAAUGGUGUUAACGAUAGUAGUGAUGGAGGUGACGGUACUAGUGAUAGUGUUAACGUUAGUUGUGAUGGUGGUAACGAUAAUAGUGAGGGAGGUAGCGGUACUAGUGGUGGUGUUAACGAUAGUAGUGAUGGUGGUAACGAUAACAGUGAUGGAGGUAACGGUACUAGUGAUGGUGUUAACGGUAGUAGUGAUGUUAACAAUAGUAGUGAUGGUGGUCACGAUGGUAGUGAUGGUGCUAACGAUAAUAGUGAUGGUGUUAGCGAUAAUAGUGAUGGAGGUAACGGUACAAGUGAUGGUGUUAACUAUAGUAGUGGUGUUAACGACAGUAGUGAUGGAGGUAACUGUACUAGUGAUGGAGUUAACGACAGUAGUGAUGGAGGUAACGGUACUAGUGAUGGUGUUAGCGAUAGUAGUGAUGAUGUUAACGAUAGUAGUGAUGGUGUUAACGAUAGUAGUGAUGGUGUUAACGAUAGUAGUGAUGGUGUUAACGAUAGUAGUGAUGGUGUUAUCGAUAGAAGUGAUGGUGUUAACGAUAGUAAUGGUGGUAACGAUAAUAGUGAUGGAGGUAACGGUACUAGUGAUGGUGUUAACGAUUGUAAUAAUUGUGGUAACGAUAAUAGUGAUGGAGGUAACGAUAGUAGUGAUGGUGGUAACGAUAGUAGUGAUGGUGGUAACGAUAGUAGUGAUAGUGUUAACGAUAAUAGUGAUGGUAACGAAAAUAGUGAUGGUAACGAUAAUAGUGAUGGUGGUACCGACAGUAGUGAUGGUGUUAACGAUAAUAGUGAUGGAGGCAACGGUACUAGUGAUGGUGUUAACGGCAGUAGUGAUGGUGGUAACGAUAAUAGUGACGGUGGUAACGAUAGUAGUGAUUGUGUUAACGAUAAUAGUGAUGGUGUUAACGACAAUAGUGAUGGAAGUAAUGGUAUUAGUGAUGGUGUUAACGAUAGUAGUGAUGGUGGUAACGAUAGUAGUGAUGGUGUUAACGAUAAUAGUGAUGGUGUUAACGAUGAUAGUGAUGGUGGUAACGAUAGUAGUAAUCCUGAAAACGAUAGUAGUAAUGGUGGUAACGAUAACAGUGAUGGUGGUAACGAUAAUUGUGAUGGUGGUAACGAUAGUAGUGAUGGUGGUAACGAUAGUAGUGAUGGUGGCAACGAUAGUAGUGAUGGUGUUAACGAUAGUAGUGAUGGUGGUAACGAUGAUAGUGAUGGUGGUAACGAUAAUAGUGAUGGUGGUAACGAUAAUAGUGAUGGUGGUAACGAUAGUAAUGGCGGUGCUAACGAUAGUAGUGGUGGCGGUAACGAUAAUAGUGAUUGUGUUAACGACAGUAGUGAUGGAGGUAACGGUACUAGUGAUGGUGUUAACGGCAGUAGUGAUGGAGGUAACGGUACUAGUGAUGGUGUUAACGAUAGUAGUGAUGGUGUUAACGAUAGUAGUGAUUGUGUUAACGAUAGUAGUGAUGGUGUUAACGAUAGUAAUGGUGGUAACGAUAAUAGUGAUGGUGGUAACGAUAGUAGUGAUGGUAGUAACGAUAGUAGUGAUGGUGUUAACGAUAAUAGUGAUGAUAAUGAUAAUAGUGAUGGUGGUACCGAUAGUAGUGAUGGUGUUAACGAUAAUAGUGAUGGAGGCAACUGUACUAGUGAUGGUGUUAACGGCAGUAAUGAUGGUGGUAACGAUAAUAGUGAUGGUGGUAUCGAUAGUAGUGAUGGUGUUAACGAUAAUAGUGAUGGUGUUAACGAUAAUAGUGAUGGAGGUAACGGUACUGGUGAUUGUGUUAACGAUAGUAGUGAUGGUGGUAACGAUAGUAGUGAUGAUGUUAACGAUAAUAGUGAUAGUGUUAACGAUUAUAGUGAUGGUGGUAACGAUAAUAGUGAUCGUGCAACCGAUAGUAGUAAUGGUGGUAACGAUGACAGUGAUUGUGGUAACGAUAAUAGUGAUGGUAACGAUAGUAGUGAUGGUGGUAACGAUAGUAGUGAUGGUGGCAACGAUAGUAGUGAUGGUGUUAACGAUAGUAGAGAUGGUGGUAACGAUAAUAGUGAUAGUGGUAACGAUAGUAGUGAUGGUGGUAACGAUAGUAGUGAUGGUGGUAACGAUGAUAGUGAUGGUGGUAACGAUAAUAGUGAUGGUGGUAACGAUAAUAGUGAUGGUGGUAACGAUAGUAGUGGCGGUGCUAACGAUAGUAGUGGUGGUUGUAACGAUAAUAGUGAUGGUGUUAACGAUAGUAGUGGUGUUAACGACAGUAGUGAUGGAGGUAACGGUACUAGUGAUGGUGUUAACGACAGUAGUGAUGGAGGUAACGGUACUAGUGAUGGUGUUAACGAUAAUAGUGAUGGUGUUAAUCUCAGUAGUAGUAACCAGUAACCAGUGUACCAUUGACUCGUUACCAACCGUCUCUGCCUGAGUCACUGUCUAUUCAUAUUGUGCUGACCUGGCACUAUUCAAAGACCCCCUCACAUAUGGGUACUGUGGGCGGCCAGUCGGGCAGUGGUACGAGAGAGAGCAGAGAGACAAGGUUACGGCUGUAAGGGCGCUACCCACAUUAUCUGUAAUUAUACGUACUACCAGCCUACGUGAGUAUUACUUUACCCAAUCCACGUGUCGAACUCCCACAUGAUAAAUGGUGACAGCGGUGUGGAGCGUGGAUUAAGUUUUAAGGGUAAUUCAAGACGUUAGAAGACUGUUUGUGAGUAGCCGGCGGGUCAAAGGUGAACCGUCUCAACCACCAGCUACUCCACUCACAACCUCCAACCUGCAAGCCUGUUGCAGCCGUUUCAAGCUUCCUGGCUUAGUUCGUGUGCUAAUUGCUUCAAUCUCCGAGGGGUUUUACCCGGAUUUUGCAAUUAAGCCAGUCAGUAAGCCAGACUGUGGAAGUGAACGCCAGUCAGC